AUGCGUCUUUUGACUACUUGUCUUUUAGUUGCUGGUUCAACCGGGCUUGCUCAAGCUGCUCGUGUUGUCUAUGACUGGAACAUCACUUAUGCAACUGCUAACCCUGAUGGUCUUUAUGAACGUAAGGUUGUAGGUGUUAAUGGUGCUUGGCCUCCACCAGUAGUUGAGGCUACCAUCAAUGAUACUUUGGUUAUUAAUGUCAAUAACCAAUUGGACACAUACACUGCCCUUCAUAGCCACGGUAUGUUCCAAAACAACACCCCUUGGAUGGAUGGUCCUGUUGGUGUGACUCAAUGCGCUAUUGCUCCAGGCCUUAGUCUUACAUACGAAUUUAACCUUACUCAACAUGGUUCUUACUGGAUUCACUCUCACUACAUGGGUCAAUACAUGGAUGGUCUUCGUACCCCUUUUAUUAUCCAUAACAUUAAUGAGACUUACACAUAUGACUACGAUGUUACUGUUCCUCUUCAAGAUUGGUAUCAUGCUCAAAGUACGGAAAACAUUGGUAUUUUCUUGAGCGAAGAUAAUCCUACUGGUGCUGAACCUGUUCCUGACUCCGGUUUCCUCGGUAAUGGUGCUGAUUUCAGUCUCAACUUUGUCCCCGGAAAGACUUAUCGUCUUCGUCUUAUUAACACAUCUGGCUUCUCCAUGUUCUAUUUUAGUAUUGAUGGCCAUACACUUGAUGUUAUUGAAAUUGAUGGUAUUGAAACUGAACGUCAAUCUGUUCAAAGCGUCUACCUUACUGCUGCACAACGUGUCUCUGUCCUUGUUACUGCCAAGAACUCUACUGAUAUAAACUACUACAUGCAUGCUGAUAUGAACACUGAUAUGUUCGAUACACUUCCCGAUGCUCUUGUUUAUAACUUGACUGCUCCUAUUUAUUACAACAAUGCCUCUUCUGACUUUUAUCAAAGUGAAGAUAUCGGUAUGGCUAGUACCUGGUCUGAUUUCGACCUUGUUCCUCUUGAAAAGCAAGAUGUUCUUCCUCAUGACCAUCAAGUUAACUUGACUUUUGACUUUGAUGUGACUACUGACGGUGUCAACCGUGGUAUGUUCAAUGAGGUUCCCUAUCUUAGUCCCAAGGUUCCUACUCUUAACACACUCUUCUCUGAGGGUAACUACUCUCUCAGCUCUGAAGUCUAUGGCCCUCAAACCCAAGCUAUUGUUCUCAACCAUUUAGAAAACGUUGAAAUUAUUUUGAACAAUCUUGAUUCUGGUGCUCACCCCUUCCAUCUUCACGGUCACGUCUUCCAAUUGGUCGGUAGUGGUGAAGGUGUCUACACUGGUAACGAUAGUGUUGUUGAGUGGCACUUGAGUAACCCAGCUCGUCGUGAUACCGUUCUUGUUCCCGCUGAAAGUUUUGUCUUGGUUCGUUUCAGAGCUGAUAACCCUGGUGUUUGGUUCUUCCAUUGUCACAUCGAAUGGCACUUGGAAUCUGGUCUUGCUGCUGUUUUUGUUGAAGCUCCUGAUGUUGCUCAACAACGUAUGACUUUGCCUCAAGCUUUUAAGGAUGUCUGUACUGACGGCGGUUUCUCUGCUACUGGUAAUGCUGCUGCUAAGGAAGGCCUUGACCUUGAUGGUGCACCUAAUGGUAUUUACUUGCUCUAUGAUGGCUUCACUGCCAAGGGUAAAGGUGCUAUGGCUGGCUGUUGUUUAGCUGCCUUGCUUGGUAUGAUUGCUAUCGUCUUUUACUCUCGUGUUGAUCCUCAUAAGGAAGCCAAGGCUAUUGCUGCUGCCAAGGCUGGUAAGAUGUAA